UAUCGUCUGUUCUCUCCACCUGAUCAUCGUACUAAAGGUAGCAAACAACAAUAAGUUGCGACUCAGUUUUCCAUUAAUAUCUUUAUAUUUUCAUCCCUUAUUUUUAUCUGUUUUUUCUUACUAUGAUUUCGAUUCUUUUACAUCUUUAUUAUAAGCCUUGUUACUUACAACACCCUCAAGCUUUACUCUGUUUUCUCAUAUGGGAAUUCGUAGUAUCUGAUCUUGGUGUUUUGACGAUUUGGGUGGCUUCGAUAUUUGUAAAAGAUUGAAUCUUUUGGGGGGGUUUGGUUUUAGUUUAACUAUUGGACUGAUUGCAGUAGAAGUAGCUUAUUCUAAAAACACGGCAGGUGGGUGAUGGUUUGGUUGAUUCUACCAUGUAAAGGUUUAGGUUUCUCGAAGACAUGUCUCUUGGGUUUCAUCUCCUCUUCUGCCGUCACUACCCAAUCCCCUUUUAUCUCACUUGAAUUUCUGUUUCUUAAUUUUCUGGUCUUGUGGCGGGAAAAAGAUAUUUCGAAGAUUUAUAUCUGGUUUUGGUAGAUGUAAUAUUUCUAAGUUUUUCUUUUGUCUUUCUAUGAUCUUUUUGGAAAGUAAAAUAGGAGGUUUCAUAAGAGUAACCUCUGUCAUUAUCUGAGACAGAUUUUUUUUUGGGGGAUAAAUUGCCGAUUGUAUUAAUAGUCAAUUUUCAUCGUAAUGUUGUUUCUUCCCCUUUUCCCUUUUGGAUUGUUUAGCUAACUAGAAGUACUACACCUGCUCUCAGUGCUGUUUUUGCUUUCACAAGCAUGAGAAGUACUUGCAAUGUGCUAUCUGUACAGUGUCUUAUUGUCGUCUUUUAUCCAGAAUUCGACUUUAUAAACUAUCCAUAUAUCCUCCAUCCGCGCUAUGAACAUUAGAGAAAUCAACUUUUUAUGAUAGUUUAUCAGUUGAGUUUGGAAAACAGUGAUUAAUAUACUCUUUAUCUCUAUCGUCCCACCUCUCAAACCAGCCCUUUUUCCAUCUCGUAGUGUUUUAAGGUUAAAGGCAGUGUUGACUCUGGUAAUUUGGUAUGUGGGUCAUGUGAGUUGUGAAGCUAACAAGCAGCUCACAUUAUGCUGUCUGUUUGUCAAAUUGCAGCUUCAGGUAUCAUCUCGUGUUAGUUCUGUUGGGCAAUCAGUUUAGAAUAUUUGCAGAUGUAGGCAAUGCUAUAGUUUUGAGGUUUGCUCCAUUUUUAUAGAGCUCCCUCUAGGAGCCAAGCUUCUCGUGUGGUAUUUGCUUUCUUUCAUGCUUCAGACUUUGAACAGUAAUGUUCUGAAUUCUGAAUGUCCGGAUUUUGUUUAUCUUAUUAGGUAACACUUAGGAAGAAUUUAUCAGUUGUUGUGUUAUUUAUUGCCAGUAAAUUAUCAUAGUUUGAUUAUUCAUUGCCCUCACAGACUCACAUAAUGCUGCCUUUUGUUGUUACCUUUUUAUUGAAUAUGCUGAAAGCUGACUUGUCAACCUUUUUUAAGAGUGUUAAGCAAAACAAGCAAGAGGUUAAUUUUUUCAGUCGCAACAGAAACAUUUCUGAAGCAAGUUGAAGAAUCCAAGAUGGACGUACCACAAGAAAUCUUUCUAAAAGAUUACAAAUUGCCUGAUUACUACUUUGAUACAGUGGAUUUGAAAUUUUCACUGGGUGAGGAGAAAACAAUUGUGUGCUCCAACAUAAGUCUCUACCCCAGGGUCAAAGGUUGUUCUUCGCCAUUAGUUUUGGAUGGGCAAGAUCUGAAGCUGAUUUCAGUUAAAGUCAACGAGAAGGAGCUGAAGGAGGAAAAUUUCAUCUUGGACUCACGCCAUCUGACACUCCCAUUCCCUCCAAGUGGCAAGUUUACACUGGAAAUUGUUAAUGAGAUAUGUCCACAGAAAAACACUUCUUUAGAGGGGCUUUACAAGUCAUCUCAGAAUUUCUGUACACAAUGUGAAGCAGAGGGUUUCCAUAAAAUUACAUUUUUUCAGGAUCGUCCUGAUAUCGUGGCAAAAUACACCUGUCGCAUUGAAGCUGACAAAUUACUGUACCCGGUACUAUUGUGUAAUGGAAAUCUCAUAGAGCAAGGCGACCUAGAGGGAUGCAAACAUUAUGCCCUUUGGGAGGAUCCAUUCAAGAAACCUUGCUAUCUUUUUGCUUUAGUUGCUGGACAGUUAGAGAGCAGAGAUGACACAUUUACAACUCGUUCUGGCCGGAAGGUGUCACUUAGAAUUUGGACCCCCGCAGAGGAUCUGCCUAAGACUGCUCAUGCCAUGUAUUCUCUCAAAGCGGCAAUGAAGUGGGAUGAAGAUGUUUUUGGUCUUGAAUAUGACCUGGAUCUCUUCAAUAUUGUUGCAGUUCCAGAUUUUAACAUGGGCGCCAUGGAGAACAAGAGUUUGAAUAUUUUCAAUUCCAAGCUUGUUUUGGCAUCUCCAGAAACUGCUACAGAUGCAGAUUAUGCUGCAAUUUUGGGUGUUAUUGGCCAUGAGUACUUCCACAACUGGACAGGCAACAGGGUGACAUGUCGUGACUGGUUCCAACUUAGCCUAAAGGAAGGUCUAACUGUCUUCCGUGACCAGGAAUUUUCAUCUGACAUGGGGAGCCGUACAGUAAAGCGUAUUGCCGAUGUUUCAAGGCUUCGUAAUUAUCAAUUUCUGCAGGUUUACUAUUUUAGAACUUCUAAAGUCAUAUUGAUAGUGUUAUGUUAUUCUUUUACCCCUCUGAAGCAUCCUGUAUGUCACAUUAGUUGCUCAGACGGUGAGCCGUUUGAAACUUGGAACCAUUUACAUGGUUAAUAAUUCAAUAUCAUGCUCUACUAGCUGGCUGUGCAGAGAUCAUUUUAAUUAUGGAAUGACGUUCAUCAUGUUGCAGUUAGUUAUUAAGAUUCUUCUUGAUCUUCUAGGAUGCUGGUCCCAUGGCUCAUCCUGUACGACCUCACUUUUACAUUAAGGUCUGACACCAGUUCAUUCUUUUGAUAGCUCCUCUUGAAGGCUAUACUUUUAAGCUUUUUUAACUGUUUGAUUGGGAAUCACUCUUGUAUUGUUUCAAUUUUUUUCCUUCACAGAUGGACAACUUCUACACAGGCAAGUCUCUGAUUUAUAAAAUAUUAGGUCUUCAAUUUGUUAUAUCGCUUAAAGCUACAAGUUUAUACUUGCAUGUUGUUUUGGUGACUUGAAAAUUAUAUCUCACUUCUCUGUUAUGUUGGAGAUGAUCGUUAAACUGGUGUAUUCACUCGCCUCAACUUGCAGCAACAGUAGGGCUUUGCAUUUUUUUCUUCUUACACCCAUUUCUGGUCUCAUUUAGAGUAAUAUCUAAUCGUUGGUUAUUUUUCCUUGUUUGCUUCAUUUUCUUGUUUACAGGUGUAUCAGAAGGUUUGAAUCUCUCUCUCUCUGUGAGAGUUGGUGUCUUUGCAUAUGCACACUCCUGCGUGCAUUUGUAGGAGAUUUUUUGUUUCUCAUCAAGUUCCACUUUUUUUAUUCUUUUUAUCAGGGAGCUGAAGUUGUCAGGAUGUACAAAACUUUGCUGGGGAGUGGAGGAUUCAGAAAAGUGAGAAAGGGGCAUGGAUUUAUAUUU